AAUGCAACGUUGGUACUGUUCAAUAAUGAUCCUAAGCUGAAUUCUGCUUCAAAAUAUUGUAAAAAAACGGUGGUGGCGCCUGUGGCUUUUUAUGAAGGAGAGCAAGGCGUUGAAAAUAUGUUGAACAGAGGGUUUGUGAUGAAUUGGAUAGCGAGCAACUGUAGCAUUUGUGAGGUGAGCGGCGGCAAGUGUGGAUUUGAUAAUACUACCUGCUAUGGCGAUGUUUACAGAGGGAAGCUACUUGAUGGACGAUAUGUAGCAGCAGUCAAGAUUUUGAAAAAAUCAAAAAGUAAUGGGGAAGAAUUUGUGAAUGAGGUGGCAAGCAUUAGCAGAACUUCCCAUGUGAACGUAGUCACUCUUUUAGGCUUCUGUUUUGAGGGUGGCCGGAGGGCUCUCGUCUAUGAGUUUGUGCCGAAUGGAUCACUCGAGAAGUUCAUAUUUCAAGAGAAGGCAGGCCAUCGUCAAUUAGAGUGGGAAACCCUGUACCAGAUUGCAGUUGGCAUAGCCAGAGGGUUACAAUAUUUGCAUCGUGGUUGUAACACACGUAUUCUGCAUUUUGACAUCAAACCUCACAACAUUCUCCUUGAUGCUGACUUCUGUCCAAAGAUAUCUGAUUUUGGCCUUGCUAAAUUGUGUCCCGAAAAAGAAAGUGCUAUUUCGAUGACAGCCGCGAGAGGAACUACCGGAUAUAUUGCUCCUGAAGUAUUUUCCAGGAACUUUGGACGGGGGUCUCACAAGUCUGAUGUCUAUAGUUAUGGGAUGAUGAUUUUAGAGAUGGUUGGGGGAAGAAAAAACAUUAAUGUCGAAGUUGAUCGUACGAGUCAGAUAUAUUUUCCACAUUGGAUUCAUGAUCGUAUAGAGUUGGAUGAAGAUUUAGGAUUGCAGGGUAUUAUAGAUGGAGAUGAUCAAGAGAGAGUAAGGCAGAUGAUAAUAGUGAGCUUGUGGUGCAUACAGACCGACCCAUCAAACCGCCCACCAAUGAGUAGAAUGGUAGAAAUGCUGGAAGGGAGCAUUGAUUCCCUCAACAUCCCACCCAAGCCUUUCUUGUCGUCACCUCCAACAUCACCAGAUGCAAAUUCCACUAGUAGACAAAUAGCCAGAGUGUUAAUUCCAUUUAAGCUUGGUUAUAGCUUAUACCUCUUGGAAUUUUGGCAAUUUUUGUUCUUAGUUCAUUAG